UAGAGCGCAUUUCGCACACUGGCCGCUGAUGAUUUUCAAUAUUGCUUUACCACUGCGUUUUUGAAAAACACUUGCGAUCUUAAGUCAAAAUUGCCAAAUCGUAGUGAUGAAUCGUUGAGUUAUAUAUGAUUGAUAUCGUAUCGUAGGGAAGCGGGCGUUUAAAGCUCUAUGCGCGGCCAGCAGAGGCAGCGGCAGAGGCAAGACAGCGGCAGAGCAGCGGCAACUUGAGAAUUUAAGGUCACAGCGACACAAAAAAGGGACAUCAACAUCGAUUUUUUUGCACCCUUUUUUUUUGCGCGUGGGGCACAAUACCAUUCGACAAACAAAGAACGGGGCGGCGGCGGUGGGGGCGUGAAGUACGGAGAUUUCAGCGAAGAUGAGCGGAGGCGGCGGCGGCGAGGAGGAGCAGCAUCUGCCAGGUGUUUCCAGUGCAUCGGGAUCUGCAGCUGGAACGGCGGGCGGUCGUGCCACGCCCGAAAUGAAGCGUUCGGCGGUGCGCAGCCUGAUCCAGCGAUACUUCCACCAACUGCAAUCUGGCUGCGGGAACGCCCACUGCAGCAAUGCCAAUUGCGCCUCCAGCGGCAAGGUGGCGCCCAUGACGCCCAACGAGGUGGCCGCCCGGGCCCUGCAGCUCUUCUCACAGGAUGCACAGCUCUGCGAGCCAUCCACAUCGGCGGCCAGCAGUCCUCAGGACGUGGACAUGCUGUCACCCAACGACAGCAGUAGCAGCAGCAGCGGCAGCUCGACGAGCACCAUUACCUCCGCCAGCACCACCACCACAACCAGCAGACAGUCGCAGAGUACGCCAGCUGCCGUUGUAGUGGCGGUUGCCAGCUCAAAUCCGGACCAGAGUACGCCGCAGCUGGACCUCGGCGGCGUUGAGCCCUCCUCCGGCGACUCGGAACCAUGUACACCCACCCUACCGCCGGUUCAGAGCCUGGAUGCCAACGGCCUGAUGGCUCUUUACGAGCAGUGCAGGGCGGCGGACAGUUACGACAGGAUUUGCCAUGCCAUCGGCGAUGUAUUCUCCAGUGUGGAUAGACUGAGCAAGAGCUUCAUACGCAGCGCAGAACCAGCAGCUUCCAGUAGUCUCCAGGAGCUGCUGGCCAAUCCACCGGAGGCUUUAAACAAGGAGCAACUACGAACCUUAGAGGGUGAACACGACAAAGACGAGGACAGUACACAGCAGGUGGAAGAAGGGGAGGCAACCGACGACGGAGAAGCAAUCGCUUGUGCAGGACCAGAAGCUGAAACGGAGGCGGAGCCCGAAGAAGAGGACGAAGACGUGCCGAUGGCCCAACCCACAGAGACAACUGCGGAGGACGAUCCGCCCCAAAGCAGCGACACGCAAGUGGAUUUACCUGGAUUGCGCCGUGUGCAGCGUCUCCUAUUCGGCUGCCAAACGCGUGCCAUCACGGACAAGCUGACCAGCAGCGUUAUCCAACUGGCGGAAUGGGUGCACUACAUGCGCCCCGAUUGGGAGAAGGUCAUCCAUUGCCUGGUCAUCUGCUUCGACCUGGCCACCAAUACCAACAACAGUGUGGUAGAUAUGGACUAUCUGGACAGGGUACUCCCGAAGCUGUGUCAUGCGGCAGCGUCCAUGCCAGUGCCGGCACAGGCGCGUCUGGCCAGGAUCUGGGCGGCCCAUUGUUCGGAUCAGCUGCAGGCGUUGGUGGCCGCCUGCCAACAGCAGAUUACGUUACAGGUGCUCCUGGACGAAGAAUCCAUGCGUGAGAAUGGGUCCAUUAUCAGCGUGACCAAAGUUUUGAAGAUCGUUUUUUACGCCAACAUCUUGGCUAGCGAACUGGAGCGACCCUCUUGCCGGGUGCCGCUGGAGGAUCGGACGGAAACGGCGGCCACCUCGGCAUCCGGCAGUGGAAUAGUGGAGGACGACCUGUUCGCCUACAACUCAGUGCUCCAGCCGCACAUGCCGAAGUUCGCAGAGGAUCAGUUGGAAAAGGCGCUGCAGGUGUCGGCCAUAGAUUGCCGCAGACCAUUGGUGCCACUGGAGGAAUUCUACAACGAGGCGCUUAGUGAGAACAUCCAGAUGCACCACGACUACCUCUCCUACAAGACUCUGGCCAUGGAGAGCGAGAUAGGCUCCGGACAAACAAACUAUUUUUCGUUCAUGCUGUACGCCUUCAUCCUCACGCCGGCAACGAAAGUAGAUGCUUUGUACUACGACAGCCGGAUGAGGAUGUACAGCGAACGAUACACCUCGCUCUACUCAAUGCUCAACAACUUCGGCCAGGAAGGGCAGGACGGCACUCCCCGCCCGGAUCUUAAGCUGACGGUGCGCAGGGACCAACUCAUCAACGAUGCGCUCAUCGGGCUGGAACUGGUGGCCAUGAGCAAUCCCAAGGAUCUCAAGAAGCAACUGGUGGUGGAGUUCGUCGGAGAACAGGGCAUCGACGAAGGUGGCGUAUCCAAAGAGUUCUUCCAGCUGAUUGUGGAGGAGAUUUUCAAUCCGGCUUUUGGAAUGUUUAUACAGCAGGAGGAAACCAACAAUAUGUGGUUCAAUGCCACACCCUUUGAGAACGGAGCUCAGUUCACUCUGAUAGGAAUAAUUAUCGGCCUGGCGAUAUAUAACAACGUGAUCCUGGCCGUUAACUUCCCCAUGGUGGUCUACCGCAAGCUAAUGGGCUAUUGCGGCACCUUUGCGGAUCUCAACGACUGGAGUCCGGCGCUGUACAAAAGUCUGAAGUCCAUGGUGGACUACCAGGGCCAGGACAUGGAGGAGGUGUUCGACCAGACCUUCAAGAUCAGCUACAGCAACGUGUUCGGCGAAUUGGUGGAGCACGAACUGGUGCCGAAUGGCAAGGAGGUGCUGGUUGGGCAGCACAAUAAGCAGCUGUUUGUUAACCUGUACAGUGACUUCCUCCUGAAUACGAAUAUUCAGCAGCAGUUCAAUGCCUUCCGCAAGGGCUUCGAAAUGGUCACGGAUGAAUCGCCCUUGAAGCUGCUCUUCCGACCCGAGGAGAUCGAGAUGCUGGUCUGCGGUAGUCGGGAGUUCGACUUCGUGGAACUUGAGAACUCAACGGAGUACGAGGGCGGCUACACGGACGAGACUCAAAUCAUCCAGGAUUUCUGGAGCAUUGUGCAUGCGAUGCCCAACGAAUCAAAACGGAAGCUGCUCGAAUUCACGACGGGAUCGGCGCGUGUUCCGGUGGGCGGGCUGAAGUGCCUGCGGCUGCUGAUCACGCGACACGGUCCGGAUAGCGACCGGCUGCCUACCUCGCACACCUGCUUCAACGUCCUCCUACUGCCCGAGUACAGUAGCCGCGAGAAGUUGGAGGAGCGCCUCAUGAAGGCCAUUAACUACUCGAAGGGUUUCGGCAUGCUGUAGGCCGGCCGGGCGUUCUCUCACCAAGUCCAAGUCCAAACUCCAAGUCCAAGUCUGUCAUCGGAACUGACCCACCUCUCUGGGAUGAAGAAGGAUAAGAUUUUUAUGGGUUUGAGUUCGUUUUGGGUUCUGCCAUUUAUUUUUGAUACGACCUGUUCAAUGAGACAAUAUACAUGCGAAAUAUAUCUGCUCAAUUUAUGGUGCGAUGGCUAGCGAGCAGACCGAACGGACACGCGAUUUUGUUUUCCUUUGUCGCCCAGUUAAAUGUAAAUACACACCACAUACCGCA